AUGCCUUUUGGAGGUUUGUCCAGUUUGAAGGAGCAGGUGUUUAAACCUGGGAAAGAGGAGGUGAAGAACUCUGUGGGGGACUCUUUGGGGAAACUACAACGAAAAAUGGACGGCUGUAACAUGGAGGAGGAGGAGUUAGAGCUGACGGAGGACGGGCGGCCUGUGGCCUCGGCGCCACGGGAGCGCCCCCUGGUGGACUGCACCUGCUUCGGUCUCCCCAGACGCUACAUCCUGGCCAUUCUCAGCGGCCUCGGCUUCUGCAUCUCCUUCGGGAUCCGCUGUAACCUGGGCGUGGCCAUCGUGGAGAUGGUCAACAACAACACGGUCUACAUCAACGGAACGCCAGUCCUCCAGAAAGCACAGUUUAACUGGAACCCAGAGACCGUGGGUCUGAUCCAUGGCUCCUUCUUCUGGGGAUACAUCGUGACUCAGAUCCCUGGAGGAUUCAUCGCCAACAAACUGAUGGCAAACAGAGUGUUUGGAGCCGCCAUCUUUCUGACGUCAACGUUGAACAUGUUCAUUCCAUCCGCAGCCAGGGUUCACUACGGCUGUGUGAUGUUUGUGCGGAUCCUGCAGGGCUUAGUGGAGGGUGUCACGUACCCGGCCUGUCAUGGACUCUGGGCCAAAUGGGCUCCACCUCUGGAGAGGAGUCGACUCGCCACCACCUCCUUCUGUGGGUCUUACGCUGGAGCCGUGAUAGCGAUGCCUCUGGCCGGGGUCCUGGUGCAGUAUGUGGGCUGGCCCUCUGUCUUUUAUGUUUACGGGGUCUUCGGGCUCAUCUGGUACAUCAUGUGGUUGUUGUUGGCCUACGGAAGCCCGGCGGCUCAUCCCACCAUCAGCGACGAGGAGAGACUCUACAUCGAGACCGCCAUCGGGGAGAGCACCAGUAAGCUGAGCGCCACCGGGAAGUUUAAAACGCCGUGGCGCCGCUUCUUCACCUCGAUGCCGGUUUACGCCAUCAUCGUGGCCAACUUCUGCCGCAGCUGGACCUUCUACCUGCUGCUCAUCAGUCAGCCCGCCUACUUUGAAGAGGUGUUUGGCUUCCCCAUCAGUAAGGUGGGGAUGCUGUCCGCCGUGCCCCACCUGGUGAUGACCAUCGUGGUGCCGAUCGGAGGACAACUGGCAGAUUAUCUACGCACCAACAAGAUCAUGUCCACCACCAACGUGCGAAAGAUCAUGAACUGUGGAGGGUUUGGGAUGGAGGCCACGCUGCUGCUGGUGGUGGGUUUCUCUCACACUCGAGCCGUCGCCAUCUCCUUCCUGGUCCUCGCUGUCGGCUUCAGUGGGUUCGCCAUCUCAGGUUUCAAUGUGAAUCACUUGGACAUCGCUCCACGUUAUGCCAGUAUCCUGAUGGGAAUCUCCAACGGAGUCGGAACUCUGUCUGGGAUGGUCUGUCCUCUUAUAGUGGGAGCUCUGACCAUACACAAGACCCGGCUGGAGUGGCAGAACGUCUUCAUCAUCGCGUCCAUGGUGCAUUACUCUGGUGUGAUCUUCUACGCCAUCUUUGCGUCUGGGGAGCAGCAGGACUGGGCCAACCCCGAGGACACCAGCGAGGACAAGCUGAACAUCCUGGACCAGGACGAGCUCGCGGAGGAGGCGGAGCUCACCAGCGAGACCUCCGCCACCAAGAGCUACGGCACCGCGGAACACUCCUCCGGCCGUAAGCAGGGUUGGAGGAAGCAGAAGGGGGCCACCAUGCAAGACGAAGAGCACUACAGCAACGGGGACUACCAGGAAGGAUACCAGUGA